CGGAUAGGAAGAGAAAUGGAGAACAAAGAGUUUAAAGGGCACGUGAUAGUGGUGCCGUAUCCAAGUCAAGGCCAUAUCAACCCUCUUCUCCAAUUCGCUAAGCGUUUAGCCUCUAAAGGUGUCAAGGCAACGCUGGCCACCACGCGUUACACCGUCGGUUCCAUAUGCGCACCGCACAUCUGUGUCGAGGCUAUCUCCGAUGGGUUCGACGAAGGCGGCUAUUCGCAAGCCGGAAACGUCGAGUUUUAUCUAAAGUCGUUCAGGGAACAAGGGUCCCGAACCCUGACUCAGCUCAUCCGGAAAUUCAAACACACCGGCACGCCGGUUACUUGCGUGGUGUACGACUCGUUCCUGCCGUGGGCUCUUGACGUGGCGAAGCAGCAAGGGAUUCACGGCGGUUCGUUCUUCACGAACUCCGCCGCGGUGUGUAGUAUCUUUUCUCGUAUCCACCAUGGCCGCCUUGCUUUGCCGCUCACCCCUGAAACUACACCGUUAAUGUUACCGGGACUUCCGCCGUUGAACUUCCGUGACUUGCCCACUUUUCUCCGGUUCCCGGAUAGCUAUCCUGCGUACUUGGCCAUGAAAUUGAGCCAGUUCACGACUUUGAAUCAAGUUGAUUGGGUUUUCGCUAACACCUUUGAAGACUUGGAAAGAGAGGAAGCAAAAGGCGUGUCGGAGCUCUGGCGAGCGAAGAUGAUCGGGCCGAUGGUGCCGUCAGCGUACCUCGACGAGAGGAUCAAAGGUGACCGAGGCUACGGUUCGAGUUUAUGGAAGCCAUUAAGCGAAGAGUGCAUGGAAUGGCUAGAAACAAAGCCAUCAAAAUCCGUGGUCUACAUUUCAUUCGGGAGCAUGGUUUCACUAACCGAGGAAGAAAUGGAGGAGAUCGCUGGCGGCUUGAAGGAAAGCGAACUGCAUUAUCUCUGGAUCGUCCGGUCAUCGGAGCAGAAAAAGCUUCCCAAAUGGUUCCUCGACUUAGACAAGGAAAAGGGCAUGGUGGUAACAUGGUGUAACCAGCUAGAAAUGCUGUCACAUCCCGCCGUGGGCUGCUUCGUGACACACUGCGGGUGGAACUCGACGCUCGAAGGGCUGAGCCUCGGCGUGCCGAUGAUCGGUGUGCCGAAAUGGGCGGAUCAGUUGACGGAUGCCAAGUUCGUGGAGGAUAUUUGGGGGAUCGGAGUGAGGGCCAAAGAGGAUGAGGAAGGAGUUGUGAGGAGGGAAGAGCUGGUUAAGUGCUUGGAUGAAGUGAUGCAAGGGGAGAGGAGCAGAGAGAUGAAGAGAAACGCUAACAAAUGGAAGGAAAUAGCUAAGAAAGCAAUAAGUGAAAGAGGGAGCUCUGAUGAGUGCAUUAAUGAGUUCGUCCAACAAUUGACGGCCAUUGCCCAGCAAAUUAAUUAAGGUUGCUAGCUGGGUUCUCCACUUUCUUAAUUUCUAGCAUUAUGCUGAUUGAUAUGCAGUUAUUUUAUGUAUAUAGGGAUUAUCAACUCACUAAUUAUAUGAUAAUAUUUAUUCGAAAUAUUUUAAAUUA